AUGCAAGAGCCCACAGAGAAAGGCUAUCAACUAGGAGUUGAUGUCGGCGGGACAUUCACAGAUGUUUACGUGUUCACCCCACAUGGAAAAACAGUGCGAGCAAAAGUUCCAACAACCAUCCCAGAUCAAAGCAUCGGUAUUCAACAGGGAAUAGCCAAGGCUCGUGAAGUGCUCCAGGAGCAGUUUAGCUGGUCGGGAAAAUUCCAGUUUAUUCAUCAUGGUACGACAACUGCAACUAAUGCAGUCCUCGAAGGAAAGGGUGCCCGCACAGCACUCAUUGUGACUGCUGGCCAUAAGGAUAUAUUGGCAUUGCGCCGCUCCCAGAUCCCGGGUGGACUGGGUGCGUGGCUGCAUUGGACGCCACCAGAGCCUAUAGUGCCACUUGAGCGAGUCGUCCAGUGUAAAGAACGCAUGUCUGUACAGGGCGAAACAGUAACAGCAGUUGAUGUCGAAGAUCUGCGACAAAGUUUGAAGGAGUUGGCACGACAGAAGCCAGAAGCAGUCGCUAUCUCAUUGUUGAACUCACAUAGCAAUGAGGCCCAUGAGCGAGUGGUUGCGCAAAUAGUUCGAGAGGAGCUUGGGGCCGAUAUCGCCAUCAAUUGUUCUGCAGAUGUCUUGCGUGAAGUCGGGGAGUAUGAGCGGACCGUCACGACCUGUACCAACACGUUGGUAAAGCCCGUUGUUGCAAACUAUCUGCACAAUCUCUCCAAGGCGCUUGCUACGGAAAGUGAGGCUAUUCGGGUUCUCAAAAGCGAUGGUGGUCUGACUAGUCUGGCUCUAGCUUCUGAGCUACCAGUGAACAUCCUCAUGUCGGGCCCCGCUGGGGGCGUUAAGGGAGUGGCAGAUGUUGUGGCUCGGAGUACGCCGUACAAGAAUCUGAUUACAUUGGACAUGGGAGGAACCUCUACGGACUGCGCUUUAAUUUACAAUGGGCAGCCUCAGCUCCGACGGGAGACUGUUGUAGAGAGUCUUUCUGUUCGGGCACCUGCAGUUGACAUCAAGACUGUGGGCGCGGGUGGAGGUUCAAUCACAACAUACAUGGAGCUCACGGAAACCUUGCGGGUAGGCCCUGAGAGCGCUGGUGCAGCUCCCGGGCCAGCAUCAUAUGGAAAAGGCGGAAAGCAGGCCACCGUGACGGAUGCAAAUUUGGUCUUGGGAUAUCUACCCAAAACGUUGCUGGGUGGUGAGUUCGCAUUGGAUGUUCAAGCUGCCAUGGCUGCUGUCGAGGACAUUGCGAACCAGAUGAAGCUUCCUGUCACCCAAACAGCCGAGGAUAUUAUCACAAUCAUCAACGAGACAAUGUAUGGUGCCUUGCGUCUUGUAUCCGUCGAGCAGGGUUAUGAUCCUCGUGAAUUUGCACUAGUCGCUUUCGGAGGUGCCGGCCCUCUACAUGCCAACGCCGUGGGUCAGCUGCUCGGGGCCUGGCCUGUGAUUAUCCCACCUUCCCCUGGAAUCCUAUGUGCACAGGGCGAUGUGACUACCAAGCUCAGACACGAGCAGUCGGCCACCUUCAUUCGCAUUCUCUCCGGAACGACUGUUCUGGAGGCUCAGGAACAGUAUCAAACACUAGAGCGAGAGUGCCGCGAUACUCUAUCAAGAACUGCUGGUGAUCUAUGGCCUGUAUCAUGGAAAACGGCCUAUCAAGCAGACCUCCGGUACAAAGGCCAAGCUUUGAUGAUCACCAUUGAUCUUACACAAGAGGAUCUGACCCUCAGCACUGAGAAGUGGCAUAUUCUAUUGCGACAGAAGUUUGACCAACAGCACCAGCAGAUGUUCACUUACUGCUUGCCAGACUUUGAGCUUGAAUUGAUGAGACUGGGAGUUGUGUUGGAAGAUGACUCACCUGGUAUUGAUAUUCCUGAAGUUGAACAGUCCACCAGUCCUCCCCCGGAUGCAAAGAUUGGCGAGCAAAAUAUUAUCUUUCAAGGCGAAGAGAAACCAGCAACACUAUGGGAUCGCCAAAAGAUUAGCAAACAGGGCAUUCAAUUGACAGGUCCGUGUAUCAUCUCCGAAAUGGACAGCAAUACACUCAUUCUCCCUGGCUAUUACGGUGAGAUUGACCGCAUUGGAAAUAUCUUGAUCAACCCUCUCGACAAGAAACCUGCCACUGUUACCACACACACCGCCGAGUCGGCCAAAGAGCUUGUCAAGAGCACCCCGUUAAUCCCUACACUAAUAUCCUCAACACUGGCCUCCAUUCGCGGCGAGAUGGAUAAGAUGAUGCUGCGAUGUAGUAUGUCCCCAGCCAUCCGAGAGCAACAGGAUGAAUUCAAUGUCAUAACAGACUGCCAGGGCAAGAUGCUGGUCGGUCAAUUUGGCAGUUUUAUCACUCAAUUCCUUGACGUGUGGAAUGGUACUAUCGAGGAGGGUGAUGUGUUCAUUACCAAUGACACCUACCAAGUUCAGGGUGCUAUCAGCCACCUCAACGACAUCAUUGCCUUUUUGCCAAUCUUCCACGAUGGUCGGAUCAUCGGAUUCGCGUCGCAAUUUGGCCACUUGACAGAUGUCGGAGGUAUCGUUCCUGGAAGCAUGUCCAUCAACGCGACAUCCGUCUUUGAUGACGGCGUGCAGAUUCCGUGCAUCAAGUUGUAUACCCGUGGCGUUAUGAACAAAGAUCUGGUCGACCUUCUUUGUCGCAACUCUCGCCAGCCGGCAUGGUAUCGCUCUGAUCUGACUGCCAUUGUUGCAUCCUGCUCUAUGGCCGCCACCAGAGUUCGCGAACUGGCCACCCGUUUCGGCAGUGAGGUAUAUUUGGCCGCUUGCUCUGAGCUGCUGUACCGGAAUCGCACUGGAUUUGCAAAGAUCAUUGAGCGUCAAUUUGAUGACCUGGAAAGCAAAUUCACGGACUUUGUCGAUGACGACGGACAUGGCGUUGGACCCUGGGCAUUGACCUGCACCAUGAAAAAGGUGGACGGCCACCGGCUUCGGUUCGACUGGAGUGGUACAUCUCCACAAAGUGAGAGAAGUAUCAACUUCUAUCUCUCAGAGACAAUGUUCAGGAUGUUCAUCGGAUACUACCUCAUUGCAGCUGCUGCUCCGGGCACGGUUAUCAACGACGGUUUCCAUGACUUAAUCGACGUGCAAAUCCCUCAAGGAUCAGUUCUGAAGCCUGUUCGCCCUGCGCCCAUCUCAUGCCGAACUCACUUCCUCGGCCGAACCCUGGACAUUGUUCAGGCUCUGAUCGGCCAGAAGCAAGACUCUUACCAGGCCGCAGCUGGUUUCAGUGACUCCCCCCAUUUCUUCUAUUCUGGAUUUAAGCCAGAUGGUGAAUGGUAUCAGCUCUACCAAAUUGGCUUCGGGGGUGUACCUGCACGACAAGCCGGCGAUGGCCCCGAUUGCCACUGUCUCUUCCCUGCGAUCAAGGCUAUUCCUACAGAAAUCAUAGAACUCAAUUACCCUCUGCGUAUCGAAGCAAAUGAAAGCGUGGCUGACAGUGGUGGCGCUGGGUUUUACCGCGGUGGCAAUGCUCAGCGUACGCUAUACCGGUUUCUGGCGCGUGGAGAGUUCAGUCUGCAUGAUGACCGAUGGUUCACCAAGCCGUGGGGGUUGAAAGGCGGAAAGCCGGGACAGCGAUCCCGCAAAAUACUGUAUCGGUACUCUAAGUCCGAGAACAGCCCUUCCACCGAGAUUUUACCUUCAAAAUGCGAUCACAUUCGUGUUGAUCCGGGUGAUCUUCUUGAGUGGGUGACUUGGGGUGGUGGCGGACUGGGUGAUCCUUUGACUCGUCCAGCGGAAAAAGUUGCUCUGGAAGUACACCGAAAGCUUGUCACGGCUGAGGGGGCUCGCACUGCGUAUGGUACUGUUGUCAACAAGGAUUUCACGGUAAAUGAGAUCGAGACCGAGGCGUUGCGGACCCAGAUGCGAAUGGAACGUAGCAGACUGAGCGAGUCCUCCAUCUAUGACCGUGGUGGAAGCAUAGAGCAUUUGAGAGAAACAUGUCUGAAAGAGACUGGACUCGAUGCCCCGUUGCCUCAGUGGGAAACGGACAUUUAUGGGCCUCAUUCGGGGUUGGCAUAUGUGCAGGAUUGGUUUGCUGAUAUGAGGUCAUGCAAGGGUUGGGAGCUCAGCUAG